GGGGCUCAUUCAGGGGUGUCACUCAAGCCUGCGAAGAUGGCGACGACAGGCAGAAAUACACUCCUAUCGGUUAGCUCAAAUGUAAAUAACAGCAUAUCCGAAAGCCAAAACCCCGAGGAGGAUGACGGACAGAAUUUAUGGUCAUCGAUAUUGAGUGAGGUGUCGACGCGCUCUCGAUCAAAAUUGCCGUCAGGAAAGAAUGUGGUGGUUAUGGGUGAGGUGGGGUCCGGUAAGACCACCCUGGUUGCCAAACUACAAGGUGUAGAAGAGUAUAUGAAGGGACGUGGCUUAGAGUACCUGUAUUUCAAUGUUCACGAUGAUGAUAUUGAUGAUCAUGCACGGUGUAAUGCAUGGGUGCUGGAUGGGGACCUGUACCACAAAGGCCUGCAGAAGUUCGCCGUAUCGACGGAGAAUCUGGAGGACUCGCUGGUUAUGUUUGUGGUGGAUCUGUCCCGGCCCUGGCUGGCCAUCGAUUCGCUGCAGAAAUGGGGCAGCGUGGUGAGGGAUUUUGUGGACAAGCUCAGAGUUCCCCCUGAAACCAUGAGAGAGCUGGAGCUCAGAUUGACAAAGCAGUUCCAGGAGUAUAUGGAACCAGGAAGUGACCUGGAGGCUGUGCCCCAGAGAAGGAAUCCUGAGUCAGAGGAAGACAGUGUCCUGCUACCGCUGGGAGAUAACACACUCACACACAACCUGGGCCUGCCUAUAGUGGUGGUCUGCACUAAGUGUGAUGCGAUCAGCACUUUGGAGAAGGAGCACGAUUAUAAAGACGAGCACUUAGACUUCAUCCAGUCUCACAUUCGACGUUUCUGCUUGCAGUAUGGGGCAGCACUACUCUACACAUCUAUGAAGGAGAACAAAAAUCUAGAUUUGUUAUAUAAAUACCUCGUUCACAGGUUAUACGGCUUUCCCUUCAACAUCCCAGCUCAGGUGGUAGAGAAAGACUCUGUGUUUAUUCCGUCAGGAUGGGACAAUGAAAAAAAGAUCGCAAUUCUGCAUGAAAAUUUCCAGUCAGUAAAAGCAGAUGACAACUUUGAAGAUAUAAUAGUGAAACCUCCCAUAAGAAAGUUUGUACAUGAGAAGGAAGUUCAAGCUGAAGAUGACCAGGUUUUUCUACUAAAGUUGCAGUCUCUGUUAUCUAAACAGCCUCCAGUCAGUGCAGGAAGACCCGUGGACCCAACAAACAGAGCUCCCACCGGCUCACCAAGGACGACCAACCGUUCUGCGGCGGCUAAUGUGGCAAACGUCAUGCCCAUGCAAUCAGGUACCAAGAAGAUUGAUCCCAACAUGAAAGGAGGUCAGACAAGUGAGGGCGUGCUGGCUAACUUCUUCAACAGUCUAUUGACUAAGAAAGCAGGCUCCCCCGGCCCAGGCGGCCAACCUACAGGAGGAGGGAGCAACACGCCAGGAACAGUCCGCAAGUCAGGCUCCAAGUUGGGGUUGACAGAUGUCCAGGCUGAGUUGGACCGAAUCUCCAAUAAAUCUGACCUGGACUCCUCAGCCCCUAAUGCCACCACACCCUCUGCCGAAAAUGAUGAAUCCUGAACGAGAGGCGGGGAUUACUCACUGACAAGCCCCUCCCCCUCUACACUGCUAUCUGUGCCCCCCCUGAACCUGCCUCUCUUCUGCCACCUCUCCUCCCUUCCUCUCCCUCACUCUUUCUCUUGAUCUUGUUCAGAAGGGGGAUUUGUUCCUGUUUAUUACUUGUAAGGCCAGUGACUGCAUGUCGGACAAAUUGCGAUUGCUAUGUCUGUCUCCACACACACGCACAUAUAUACAGCGGACAGGUCCGUAAAUAACCACAGAAGCAGGGUUGUCAUAAAAAGGACACUAGAUCAGGGUUGGACACUAAAGGAGAGGUUUAGAGAGGUAAUGGAGAUGUAGAGCCAAGUCUGCAUUAGAAAAUGAAGGGGCUUUGUGAACUUAGGUGUAUCUGUAUGCAAGUUAGACUUUUCUUUGACUUUUGGUAGUGAAUUAACUUAUAUGAAGGAUCCUGUUCAUCUAGAGUAAAAAUAAGCUUCUGUUAAAAAAAAAAAAACACACACGUUUUUACUUGUCUAAUCCGAACAAUUUUUUUUAAUAAAGAUAAAGGGAAGCAGCACAUUUCAGUCAGUGACAAUACAAUUAAAUGAUUCAUUAGAUAUGGUCACCUUGUGUUGGUGUUUUCAUUAAAUGGUCAUCUUUAGCACUCUUAAUACCUGCCCUAUUCUUAAGUGUAUCGAUCACAGGACCAGAACAAACAUACUGACAUGAUUUCAAUGCUUUAGAAUAUUCAUAACUUUUUUUUUUUUUGCUGUUGAGAAACUGUCAACAGAGUCACCAAGUCUGAUUCGUCACCUGUAAACUGUUGCAUACAAUACGUUUCAAAAUAUUGCACUAUUACACAAUAUUAGGCUAUGACACUGAAAAUAAUCAUUUACAAUGCUGAUUGUAGCAAAAUAGUACACUUAACUGGAGAGCUAGAGAGUUUUUAGCUUAGACAUGGUUUAUGAAGUCGUCUGUGUAACUGCUGAGCAAGACUGUUGAUGGGACUGACAACUAUGUCCAGUGUAAAAAAAAUUGUUUGUUUUCUAUGUUCUUAAGAGCUUAAAAAUAGUAUGUUUCUUUGUAUGUCUGUGUUCAUCUCUCAACUACAGCCAGUUAUGACACUGUUUAUUAAUGGAUGCAUUAGAGAUCAUGCAAACAAUAUCAGUAUUACUGUCUUUACAUUGGUAUGUGUCUGAGUGUGUGUGCGGGAGUUGAACAAAAUUCAGCCAGAUUUGUCUGUUUAGAGACUUUAACAGCUAGAAAUUAGUUGUGGGAAGGCAAAGGAGGGGGUGAGGCAGAGGUGGCAGGGCAGGUGAGAUCUCAGAAUACGCUCACCUGCAUGUACAGUCAUCAACCAAACUUCUUACAAGGGGGAGGGGGUGGGGUGGGGUGGGGUGGAUAAACAUAUGCUAUUAUGGUCCUGUAAUUUCACAAGAUGUAGUGAUGUUUUUCUGGAUCAGGUCUGUAAUCAUUCAAUUAAAGUUGUAUUUAUUGGG